ACAACUGCCGCGUAAUUCAUCAUUCAUUUUCUUCCUUAAUAUCUUACUAACAACACACUGAAAAUAUCUAUCAAUUUGUGUAUCACAGUGUAUGCAGGAGAAAUACAAUAUUAAGUGUAAUGGCGACAGACAGAAAAUGAUUGUUUAUUAUGAUGUUUGGAUUUAACCAUUUAUUCCUUUUAUUAAUUAUAAUGAUUAUAAAAUUGUGUCGGACUACGCGCCAUACACGUGGAUUAAACAGUGAGGAUGAAGUUCGGCUAGUUAAUGAUUUAUUUGAACAUGGGAGAUACAAUCCUUUGAUCAGACCAGUAAGAAAUGUUAAUGACACACUUACAGUGGCAUUCAAUGUCGCUCUAAGUCAAUUGAUCAAUAUAGAUGAGAAAAAUCAAAUAAUGAAGACCAAUGUAUGGCUUCAGAUGUUCUGGCAUGACUAUCAGAUAAAAUGGGAUCCAGAGGAAUAUGGCGGCGUCAAAAAUAUACGUAUCGAUCAUGCAAAGAUGUGGAAGCCGGACAUUGUCUUGUUUAACAAUGCUGAUGGAAAAUAUGAGGUCUCAUACAAAUCAAACGUAGUUCUGGGAUGGGACGGGAACCAUUCAUGGGUACCCCCAGCCAUAUAUAAAAGCUCAUGUACAAUAGAUGUGGAAUACUUCCCCUUUGAUCAACAAGUCUGUGAAAUGAAGUUCGGAUCUUGGACUUAUAAAGGGGACCAGUUAAAGUUUCGUUUUUAUAAGAAUAUGGAUUAUGUUGACCCGACUGAUUACCUUAAAAGCGGUACUUGGGAUAUAAUUGAAUUUCCGGGGAAAAUUGAAAGGAUUAAUGAUUCUGAAACGAAGGAUUACAAAUAUCUCAUUGUUUUCAAGUUUGUCUUACGAAGGAAAACGUUAUUUUAUACAGUCAAUUUGAUAAUACCGUGCGUUUUGGUAUCGUUUGUCAGUAUCUGUGUAUUUGCACUACCGGCUGAUGCUGGUGAAAAGAUAACUCUCUGUAUCUCUAUCUUACUUGCCUUGGUUGUGUUCCUGCUUCUGAUAUCAAAAAUUCUACCACCAUCAUUGCAGAUUCCUUUAAUUGCAAAGUAUUUGCUUUUUACAUUUAUAAUGAACAUAUCAGCUAUUUGUUUAACAGUUGUCGUUAUCAAUAGAAACUACAGAACCCCUAGAACACAUAAAAUGCCGUACUGGGUAAGAUAUGUGUUUUUAAACAUGCUUCCGAAAUUGUUACAUCUGGAACGUCCUGAUCAUGACAGUAGAUGGCGUCCCUUGCUUGAACAGGCUAAGAUUAACAAAGCAAAACAACUUAAAAGACAACAGGCUCAACAAAACAGUUAUUUAUCGGCAGAACACUAUCCUUUGUCAGGCAGUAGAAAUUCUAGCAGGCAUUCGAGUACGUUAGACUUGGCAGAAUUUCCCCAUUCAAACUGUAAGCUGAACCACAUGAAAUGUGAUAUCAAAGCUGGGAAUACAGAAAAUAUGCCCAAAAGGGUAACUGCUGAGUUAUUCAAAGCCACCGAAGCUUUAAGUUUUAUAACACACCACCUUGAAACUGAGAAUGAAUUUGAAACAGUUCUGGAUGACUGGCGAUACGUAGCCUUAGUAUUAGACCGGCUCUUAUUUUACAUCUUUCUCAUUGUGACUAUCGGUGGAACUCUUGGAAUUCUAAUGCAGGCACCCCACAUAUUUGAAUAUAUAGAUCAGGAUGCAAUAAUUAAUGCUGUCAUUAAACGAAUCGGUGAAACAGACAACAUACAAGAAAACACAGCAAAUGUAGGAACAGGGCAAUAAAACAUACAUUACGAACAUUAUAAAGUAUUUAUAGAAAUUGUAAACGCAUUUAACAUUUGCUUGAACCAUUAUCAUUAUAUUUUAAGUCACGUUUUUCGGUAAUUUAAUUGUAAAAUAAUUGACUUUCUAUUCUAUUAUUUGUACAUUUAAAGUAGACUGUACUUUAAUUUAUUUUACAAGUAGAAGAAAUCCGGCAUCAAACAUGUCAAAGGUUACCAACCUUUUUUUUACAAAUAAGAUGGUCCUGACUGUUUUACAUGUGUAAGGUUAUUAGUUGUAUUUGAAUAACACGUAUCAGUUGUCUUGAUUUUAAAAGUAUGAGGUAUUGACUGCUUUGGGUUUUUUUUUUGUUACAGCUAA